UUUGCCCCAAGAUUGUGGUUUAAAAAGAAAUUUAAUCUUGCUAAUAAACAUGCAAACACGAACGCGGCGGCUACCUGUUGAAGCGCGCGAGACAAACGAUUCCUCAGCCAAUCACAGCCCAGCGGCCGCCCACGGCCCCCCAUCAUUGGCCAGCCACGCUAGAGGGGGGAAAUCCAAGGGGGGACAAGCCAGAGUUCGCCGUUAACAUGACACUAGCAAGAAAAGCGCCGCAUUGAGCUUUCGACGAGCUUUUCACUACGCGCGCGGUUAAUCGGUUAUUAUCGCCGAUAUUUUGUAUGUAACGCCAAUAAAUUAAAAACAAGAAAAUAAAUACUUCUGAAAAAAAGGAACUGUUCGAACAAUCGUUUAUCUACGAAAAUAAUGCGCGUGGAGUACCGGUGUGGAGAAAAUUAAUUUUUGUAAAAGUUUUUUAAAAAGCCGUCAAAAUUGAUCUAACAAUGUCUCUGGGUAAACAGCCCAACGACCACAUAAAGAGGCCUAUGAACGCCUUCAUGGUGUGGUCGAGGGGGCAGCGCCGGAAGAUGGCGCAAGACAACCCGAAGAUGCACAACUCUGAGAUCUCCAAACGGCUGGGCGCUGAGUGGAAGCUGCUCACGGAGAUGGAGAAGCGGCCCUUCAUUGAUGAAGCUAAGAGACUCAGGGCACUGCACAUGAAAGAACACCCAGACUACAAAUAUCGGCCACGACGAAAGCCGAAACCGCUGGUUAAGAAGGAGCCAAAAUUCGGUUUCGGCAUCAACGGCUUGAUGGCACCGGUACCGAGACUGGUGACACCUUCAGUGCCACAUCCAGUUCAUCCACAGCUGCAUUCCAUGCCACAUCACUUAUUACCUGACAAACCAGAACUGAGCCGAGCACUGUUCCCUCCACUGCCUUAUCCAUUCUAUCCGUUUGCGAAAAUACCUUCUGACGAUGGAAAACUGGCCGCAGAGUUGGCGCAUUUGCAGGUAAUCUUCAAUGAGGCACUAUACGGUGGAGCACUAUACAGCAGUGCUCUCUACAGCAGCGCUCUCUCCCCUUGCGGCUGUCCACCACGACGAACGCCGUCCCCUCCCCCUGCCGACGUGAAACGCCCCGUCGCCUACGUACUCAUGAAGAGUGACGAGGAACCGCCUCAGCACGUCAUCUGAAGGCCGGUCGCGCUCCCUGCGAGGGCCUGGCCCUCACAUUGGGAGCGACCUUCCACCUCCGUACAGGAGCGCGAGACCAGCUCACCAGAUAGUGUGUAAGACUGAAUGGAAGGACAUUUACUUAAACUUGUGUUAUAGAGAGGAGACAUUCGACAGAUUCACCGGUUUCGGCCAAAUAGUUUCGGUUUCCAUUCGACAAGUGGACAGUGUUUGUUGUCUUGGCAUUAGAUGAAAUGGUGCUGUUCGUGACGAGUAUUUUAUCAAAAAUGGACUUUAAACGUGCAAUCAAUGUUACUGUUAAUGUGCAAUGUACCUUUUAGUUACUUUCUUGUAAGGAGCACUUUGAAUAGACAACAUAUCAUAGAAUUUACUCUUCAACUGUGUAAUAAAUAGACGUUAGUUAGGCAAAUUAAUGUCAAUUUUGUAAAAAAGACUAUUGCAUAACGUGUAUACAGUGUAAUCAAUUAUUAAACUCUUCAAUACUAUUGUUUUUUGUUGAAUUAGUUUCUAUUUUAAUAGCCUUCGUGGUAUCCACACAAAUGUAGCUCAACUCUAAUGCAUUUAAUGUAUUUAAUCACUAAUAACUUGUAGUGCAAUAAUGUAAAAUGUAAUCGAAAAAACUUACAUCAUAAGAUAAGAGGGAAUGGACACGAAAAAAGGUAAUUGACACUAUUUUCUCAAUAUGUUUAUCGAUUUUGAUAUCAUCGAAAUGUAAUAUUGAUACCAGAGGUAAUAAUGUUAAUUAUACUUUGAAAACUUGUAAAUAGCACUUGUAAAUAAUUAAUAUGUAUGUAUGUACUAUUCGUAAGAAGUUAAUUGUUUUGGUUUUAGAGCUGCGGCGUAGGUACCCAUUUCUUCAGUUCAUUUUAAUGAAUUGCAAUGAGACUUAUGAUUUGUAAUCAAUUAAUAAUAUGUUAAAUUUAUUUGUUGUAUUUUUAUGAUCCCUAAUUUUUCUACGCAUUACGAUUAAUUAAUAAGAAUCAUUCCUACCCUAUGGGUACGUUAUUUUACAGGAUUUGUUUUUUUUAACUUACUUCAUUAGUUAUAUCAUUUCUAUUUAAGUUAUAUUUAUUCUUAAGCAUUUUUAUCUUAUGGCAUUUAAUAAUUUGAGAGCGGUAUAUGACAAACAAAUGUAAGUUAUAGAUGGCGCCCUAAUUAAAAUUAACUCGAACGUUAUUUUGCAGAAGGUUAUAUUUAUGAUCAAUUCAAUUGAUUUACUUACUUAUACUGAUUUAAAACUACUAACACGGAUUGUUUUAGAUAUUUCACAAAUAUUAGCUUUAUACAAAAUAUAUUUAAUUUAAGUGUUAAAUAAUUACUUGCUCAAUUCACCAACACUUUCGGCCUUCUGUCAAAGCCGAAACCGAUUUCGCUUGAAUGGCUCUCUUCACUAUAAUUUUCUACAAAUUAAUGUUCGAAAAUCGGCGAAAUAUUAUGUUUACAAAUAUGUUUUCUAUUAAUAUUUUUAUUAUUUUUAUAUAAUGCUCCCACCGAAGUAGUUGGUAUUAGUUAAAAAUUAAAUAAAAAUGAAUGUUUGUUUGUACGUAUUGUUAGUAGGCCGACCCCGUUUGUCCUUUUUUAGAAUAAAAGACAAUGUUCUACGGAACCACUUUAAUAUGUUUACCACAACCACAUAUAGUUUUAGUAUAAACUUGAAGAAAUGUCUCUAUAAUGUCUCUCUUAAUACUCAGAUUACUCAGAGCACAAUAGAUAGUGUGACGGCGUCCAGAAUCUAACUGAUUUUUAUUUCAUUAUAUUAAUUCCAUGCAUUAGACGGAAAUGCAGUAUCAGCAAAAUGCGAUGGAAAUGUACUUUAUAUUUGUAAAGGCUGACUUAGGCUUUACCGCUUUGUAAUAAGGUUUA